AUGGAUGUAGAACUCCAAAAGAUGCAAGUUCUUGGAAUCUGUGGAAUUUUUCAAGAAACCGGCAAAUUAAUCCACAAAUGGAAAAAAAUCUUCGCCCAAAUCACUCUCGCCUUCAUUCUUCCUCUCUCUCUCUUAGUCUUAGCCUAUUCCGAAAUAUCCAAUUUCUUCAUCACAAAGAUCACCCACGACCAACAAUUCUUAAACAACACCCAAAAAUCCACCCCCCAAUUCCUUAAACUAUCCCACCUCGUAUCCUCCGAUAGAAUCCAUUACUACCUCAUCAGCAUCGCUUACUUCAUCUUCUCCACCACCUUCUCCCUCCUCGCCACCUCCGCCGUCAUCUACGCCGUCGCCUCCAUCUACAGCGCAGCACCUGACAUCUCAUUCAAGCACGUGAUCGCCGCCGUCCCCAGGGCAUGGAAGCGGCUUCUCCUCACCUUCCUUUGCUUCAUAGCCGCUAUCUUGAUCUUCAACUUCUUUGCCGCUUUUAUCAUCACUUUCCUCACGAUCAUCGCUCUCGUAAUCUACGAACCGAGCGAAUUCAGCUUCGGAAUCGGCAGUGCAAUGAUUGUUGCCGUCUUCACCAUCUUAUACAUGACGGCGUUAUGGUACUUGGUGAUGAUAUGGAAAAUGGCGAAUGUCGUUUCCGUUUUGGAAGAGUCGUCGAGCGGGUUCAGAGCCAUGGCCAGAGCCAAGGCGCUGCUGAAAGGGAAGAUGGUGGUGGCGACGGAGAGUGUCGACACGUCGGCUCUCUCCGACCAUCUUAAAGGGUAUCUGUCGGCGGAAUAUGUUCCGUUGAAUGUUGAGGAUUAUGUUCAAGUUGAGAAAUUGCUUGUGGCGGGAAUUGUGUUGUAUUUCGUCUGCAAAUCGUAUCACCAAGAGAGUGUCGACAAGUCGGCUCUCUUCGACCAUCUUCAAGGCUACCUGUCGACAGGCUAUGUUGCGUUGGAGGCCGAGGAUGAUGUUCACAUAAUUGAGAAAUUGCAAGUUGUUUGA